GAGAUAGAUGAAUGAAGAUUGAACAAUCCCAACCCCAUUUUGAAUUGCAAAUAUUUUGCUCUUUAAUUAAAUAUUUAAUUGAUUAUUAAUCGCUAAUUAAUCGAAUAAUAUAUUAUUAACGAUGUAAAAAUCCUCCGAUUUAGUUGCAACGCAGAAGUGCAUACUGAUGAGCUGAAAGUUUUGGAACCGAAAAAUGGAUGUAGAAGAAGUAGACAAUAUGAACGCGUCCUCAUUUUCCUCGAUUUCGAACGAUAACGAAGACAUGAACGAAACUUCGGCUUCGCUUCGAUUAUCACCCCUUCGUAUGUCUCCUAUUGGAGUAUCGCCCAUAUUGGUCAUUUCAGACGACGAAGCUUCCAUGUCCGGAUUUUCGGUUCAAUCUAUGCGUUUACACUCUCCUCUGUACGGCUACGGUAGUAAUUUGGACGACGAUUUACCCCAGACAUCAUCUGGUAGAUACAAUCGUCGUCAAUCCACUUCUGCACCUUCUCGUUCGUAUUUUGCGGAAGAAACGAACGAUAGUGCCAGAGAAGAAGUGGGCUGGGAAGAUAAUAACGAAGAUAUCAUUCAAGAACCCGAUCAACAAAUCAAUCUACCCGAAUCGCCGAUCGAUCCAGCUCCACCGGAGCCCGAAAAUGACGAUAUUAUCUCGGACGAUGGAGAAAACGAUACCGAAAACUGGUCCAAUUCGUUGAGCAAUCAUUUACGUCAAAGUGCCAAUCAGUUGUUUGAUACUCAACAUGGUGAAUCUUUGGAUAGCGAAGAGCAUUUGUUUGCUCCCGAUGAAGCGUCAGAAUUAGAUCGAAAUGUAUCGCCGAGCUCGAGCAAUACACCCGGAUUGGUUUCAAUUUUGAGAAACAUGCCAUCUUCGUCUUCGUCUUAUCAGUUUAAUAAUUCUAAUGAAGGAUCGAGCUCUCUUUUACAACAAUUACCUUCUACUUCUCGGUUUAAUUAUCUGAAUUCGUCUGGAAUUAUACCAAUUACUUCACGAUACUCGGUUUUGAGAACCGGUAAUAGAUUAUUGCCCAGAUCAACUCUUCGUAACAGAUUUUCAUCUUCGCCUUUUCGUUUAACGUCUGAAUCUAAUGCUUCUGGAUCUGGGGAUUCUCCACUGAAUCUUACUCAGCGGAGAUUCGUAUCCAAUUACAGAUCUCGUCUUUUGAACCUUCGAAAUCGAACUCGCAGCACUUAUGAACACCUGUUCCUGAGAAAUCGUUUGCAUAAUGCCCCUGAAACUACUAACAAUCCGGUUUCAUUUAGUGGCGAAAACGAAACGAAUGAUGAUUUGCCACCAAGACCUCGCCGAAGACGUAGAUUUUUCACUGAUGAUUUCGAAGUGGAUUCAUUGAAUGGCAAUAGUUCUCAAAAUUCGCAUCCAACUUAUCGAUCGUCAUUACGUUUUAAUCGUACGAAUUCAAUCGAACAACGUACCAGCUCAUUUUUGCGCAGCAUUGUGGACUUGAAUAAUCAACUGGACACGAUUCGAGCAUCGACCAGUUUACCACCUUUGACGGUGAAUUGUGGCCGAGCCAGAUCAGUCUCGCCUACGACAGCAUCUCCCUGGAUAGCGAAUUCAGUGGAUGACGAUUCGUUGGAUGAUACAUCGGUCGAUGUACGCGAACAUAGUCGAGACCGCGUCUCCAGGGUUUCAGCUCGAGCGGAGCUGAUUGGUUUUGUGCAGGAUAGUCAAGGUGCUCAAAUCGAACGACCAAAUACACCUUUGCCUCCGCCUAUAUCAGAUGACGAAUCUCCUACAACUCCUACUCCAUCUUCGACAAAUAACGAAGCGUUCAUUUUAUCCAAUUCAGCUCCGUCUUUCUCGAAUCUCGACGCGCAACCAUUUUCGAUCACUGUUAGCUCGUCGGCGAAUACCGGUCGUACGGAGAAUGCACCGAGUGCUGCUGUUCGUGCUGCCCGAGAUUUAAAAGAAAUACCGCAAACUUACGAAGACUUGAAUUACGAACUUAUACAAUUACUAGAGUGUCCGAUUUGUUUCGAGUAUUCGACUCCUCCGAUCAAUCAGUGCCUCCAAGGUCAUAUUAUCUGUAGCAAUUGUCGCCAAAGAGUGAACAGCUGUCCUACUUGUAGGAAUAUGUUCCAAGAAAGUCGCAACUUAAUCAUGGAGAAGGUUGCAGCUUUAUUACGAUACCCUUGUAAAAAUGCCAUGACAGGGUGCUUAGAAACGUUGUUUUUGCUUCAAAAGGAACAACACGAACAAUCCUGCGGAUUCCGUCAUUACGUUUGCUUUAUACCGAUGUGUAACUGGCGCGGAUACAAACCGGAGUUAUUGGUACAUGUACAAGAAGCUCAUGAAAACCACGUGAUUCAUGGUAGCUCGGUGAAUUUACUGAUUCCGAUUACCGGACAAACCAAAAAGGUGUGGCUGAUGUCUGCAUUUAACGAGCUAUUCUACGUUAUUUUCUUCGCCACGUUGGGUAUCCUUAAAGGUUGCGUACGUUUCAUCGGAGACUCGAGUAAGAGUGAAAACUACACUUAUACGAUUUCGGUCACGUCGGAAGAAGAAAUGAUGCGUAACCUAAAUUACACUAGGACAACUCACGCUUACGAAGAGAACGCCGAAAAUAUCGAUAUUUUAGACUCGUACGAUUUAUUCUCGAUUUCAUACCCAUCUUUGAGUACUUUCAGACGCGGUACUCGUGCUCCGGUCAGAGUAACGGUUGAAGAAGCUCGGCCUAGAAAUUCCACUUGAUUCUGCUGCGAACAAAAUAUCGCGUUUACUUAUCUCCAAAAACACCAUUAUCAUCGUGUCCAGUACGUGUUUUAAUCGUUGUGUUUUUUGAAAAUAUUGUUACGAAGAAGCUAGAGCUUUGUUCUUUGUUCGACUUUGAAGUUUGAAUGAAUGGUUGACUGUGUACGAAACGAAGAAGCCAAAUGUAUAGAAAAAGUAUUCCACAAUCAUUUGAAUAUUAAUAAUAAUUGUUCGUUUUUAUUAUUUUUUAAAAUUCUAAUCAUUUAUAUUUUUAUGACUGUGUUAUUAUGAUUUAUUUUAUUAGAUGUUAUACUCGAUGAGAGAAAUUGUAUUUUUGUUUUGUUUGUUCGUUCGUUCUUAUUUUUUUUUUCUUCGAAAAGUAUUUUGUUGUAAUGUAGAUGAAGAUAUUAGAGAAGUGGUUGAUUUUUUCCCAGAUUGUAAUGUGCCUAUAUAAAUGAAGUUGUAUCAAGAUUUAGCGUAGUAGUACUAGUAGUAGUAGUGGGGGUCAGAAUUAUUAUAACUGCAAAUUGAUAUUACUAUAUUGCUAAUCGAGGUUGUAAAAUUAAGUGUCAUACAGAUUUAUAAUUUUUUUGGUAGAUGGUUUGGUAAGAUAAUAAAACAUUUAGUUAUUUAGUCGAUAUUGUUCUUAACGUUUGUACGUAAUAUUUUAUCCGUGCUUUUGUUUUUUUCCCCUUCAUUUUGUUUGUUUUAUAAAAAUAUAAACAUUGUACAUUUUCAAAGUAA